AUGUUUUGGACUUUGCGAAGCCAUGGGGGGCAGCAUGGCGCUCAAAGAGACACUAACUCGCUCAAAGAGACACUAACUAAGCCGCGGAGUGGGGAGUUCGUUGUGGAGAGGAUAAGUUACGGAAUCGGCAUGCACACCAGUCCGCGAACGGGAUUGUCGUACGACGACGUGGUGUACUGUGUCCAUUUGCAGCGGAACGCAGCCUACUACAUGUACAAGGGCGUCUUGCCGCUCUACGGAAUCAUGUUUUUGUCGAAUCUGACCUUCUUCAUCGACGUGGCCCUCCUGUCCGAUCGGCUCGCGCUGAUUUUCGGCAUGUUUUUGACCGCGUUCGCUAUUCAGUGGACGAUCUUGGAUCGGUUGCCUCGCGUGCCUUACCUGACGUUUUUGGAUCGAUUGAUCGCCGCGACCAUCUUCGGGCUGAUCCUAAUGUCUUUGGGCAGCAGCUUGGCGCACAAGGUGCGGUAUCCGAACGGAGCCGGAAGCAGCAGUGGAAGUUCAGCAGGUGGAACCUCCGACGUGGGGUCGGAGGAUGCGCCGUUGUUUUUUCUCUCCGGAGUAUCGCGCGAGGAGUUUUCGAACUUCCUGGACACGUUGUUCGUGUGUGUGGCGGACAUCAGUUUCGUGCUGCUGCACGCCGUUGCGCACAGCGAGACGGUGACCACGACGCACGGCUCAAGUUCACUAUUCCAGAAGGGUUUUGGCCUGGUCGGUGCUUGUUUUGGAAAGGUAUGGAAGGGCGUAUCUUUCGUUUUCAAGUUGUCGGGAACGACCCGUGGUGGUCAAGGCGUAGCGCUUGGCCAGCGCGGGAAGCGGCGGAGAUUUAAGCAAGGCGGUCAGGGGUUUCACCGAGUCUGCAACCCUAUGGAAGGCCACCUGUGGCGAUUCGAAGACCUACCAAUGGACUUAUACGAUGAAAAAGGCGUGAAGAAGUCGUCCCUUGGGAAGGGGGUGCCUGUUAAAGCAGCGAACUUUUGAUCGGCUUGCUGCAUAUUGAUGGAUGCAUCGAUACUUAAGGGAUUAUCUGGACCUUGAAAUCGUUGAGCCAGCGGCAGCUCACGCAUGCCUGUGGAUAAACGAAUUCGAUUCGAAGAAAAAGAAAACUCUCCUGGAAUUUUGAAGAUGCAUGCUUAUUAGGACGAAAAGUGAGUGGGUACCCGUGCACUUUUUGGCCCGACAAUUCUUGCGAACAAAGUUGCAGUAUGUGAUGAUGUGCCGGUAAGUAUUCACCGGCAAACAACGACGCAGUGAUGUCAAGCAAGAAGCGAUAGAAC